GUGUGUGUGUACAACAUGUCAUUUAUUGAAUGCAAUAGUUAUAGUUGGUAUGUUAACUGUGCUGUUUAUGAUUUUAAAAGAACUGAAUCUAAUAAUUGGUGUAGAAUUAACAGAAACUCCUCCUGUGUCCUGUCGCAGGGUGAGUCAGUGAAGUAUUUCUUGGAUAAUCUGGAUAAGCUUGGCGAGCCGGACUAUCUCCCCACUCAGCAGGACAUCCUGCUGGCUCGUAAACCCACCAAGGGAAUCCACGAGUAUGACUUUGAGAUCAAGAGCGUUCCCUUCAAGAUGGUGGACGUGGGGGGGCAGCGGUCAGAGCGUAGGCGCUGGUUCGAGUGUUUCGACUCGGUCACCUCCAUCCUCUUCCUCGUCUCCUCCUCUGAAUAUGACCAGGUGCUGAUGGAGGACAGGCAGACCAACCGGCUGCGUGAAUCACUAGACAUCUUCGAGACCAUCGUCAACAACCGCGUCUUCAUCAGCGUCUCCAUCAUCCUCUUCCUCAACAAGACAGACCUGCUGGAGGAGAAGGUGAAGAGCGUUGCGCUCAAGGACUACUUUCCCGAGUACACUGGGCAGGAGCACAACCUGCCGGACGUCCAGGCGUUCAUGGUGGAGUGCUUCCGGGCCAAGAGACGCGACGCCACCGUGAAGCCCCUGUACCACCACUUCACCACGGCCAUCAACACGGAGAACAUCAGGCUGGUGUUCCGGGACGUCAAGGACACCAUCCUGCACGACAACCUCAAGCAGCUCAUGCUCCAAUGACCCCUGUCAACCUGUGAAAAAAUAGACAAACCCGCCCUGUGCUCCUCCUCGACGGGCACUCGGGAGAGACCAGCCUCAGAAAAAUCCGAUAGACGUCAGCGUUCUUCUUCAGCCGUUUUUAUAUUAGUUUUUACUCUCCUCUUCGAAGAGUUAGCCUUCUUGUUAGUUUGGUAUGGGAGCGAGUCAGUAGGGCAGACUGUCUGUGGUUAUAAGCAUGCCGAUUAGAUAACAUCUGAUCUUGUGCUGCUUCAUUUGGAGAGUCUCUCCUCUGGCCUGAGCGCUGCCUUCCAGCACAAAGACUCGCUGCGGCUUUUCUACUAACAAGGUGCCGGUGAUGGUGCCAGCGCCUGGAUGUGGAAACUUUGAACAAAGCGGGCACAUGGCCUCUCAACCAGAUACACAACCUGCCAAACGACAAAUACAAGAACGAAUAUUUAAACAUGUAUGCAAAUGACAGUUAGAUGGUCAAAAUGCAUCAAGCUCAGCUGUCCCUGUGUUAUAAUGCCAGUCUGUGUCCAAGCACUGAAUUUAAACUAUUCCAAAAUCAGUCCAUUAUUUCUGCCGCAACCUCCAGUACUGCAUCUUGGACAUUGUUUCAAAGCCCCUAUAGUUUGUAGAAGGGUUUGCCAACUGAUCAGGAGACUGCAAAACUGUCCUUUUUUAUUUUCAACAUAUUUCAGCAUUCUUCUCCCGUCCCAGUCAUUACUUAUCCAGGCCUGAGAUCAGCAGGCUAAGCGUGCCGUCACAGGGCCAUUUUUGCAGAGAGAAGGACACAUUUUUUUUUAUGGUGAAAGCGGCUCAGAACGGUUCAAUAUUUGAUGUUGGAAAUGGCUCCAGCACUGGCACCUUGUCUUGAAAAAUGCUAUAAAAUGACCACA